AUCCAUCUUUAUAUCAUCUUCUUCUUUCUAUACUUCUUAACAUUCAGUCAAUUGAAGGGGGGUGAUGACACUUUUUUCAUCAACAUUGUCAUUACUUGUUCUGUGUUUUUCUUGCGCGGAUUUUGCCUACUACGCAUUAGCUCGAGACUUCUCAAUUUUGGGUUACUCACCAGAUGAUUUGAAGUGCACUCUAAAACUGAAUACCUUAUUUGAAUCAUGGGGUGCAGAGCAUGGCAAGUUUUAUGAGAGUAUUGACGACAAGUUGCAUAGGUUUGAGAUUUUCAAGGAAAACCUUAUGCACAUUGACGAAACAAACAAGAAAACUAGGAACUACUGGCUUGGAUUGAAUGAGUUUGCUGAUUUAAGCCAGGAAGAGUUCAGAAACAGGUAUUUGGGGCUCAAUGUGGACUACCUCGAGAAGCAAGAGGAAUCAAGUCCUGAAGAUUUCGUAUACAAGGAUGUUGUGAGUUUGCCGAAAUCUAUUGACUGGAGGGAGAAUGGAGCUGUCACUAAUGUCAAGAACCAAGGUUCUUGUGGAAGUUGCUGGGCCUUCUCAGCAGUAGCUGCUGUUGAGGGAAUAAACCAAAUCGUGACCGGAAAUUUAACGUCGUUAUCUGAGCAAGAGCUAGUUGAUUGUGAUACCUCCUUGAACAAAGGUUGCCAUGGAGGUCUCAUGGAACAUGCAUUCACCUACAUCAUGACUCAUGGCGGGCUUCGUAAAGAGGAAGACUAUCCUUAUGUCAUGAAAGAAGGAACUUGUAAGGAGAAGAAGGAACAAACUGAGCUAGUAAGUAUUAACGGGUACCAUAAGUUACCAAAGAAUAACGAAGAAAGCAUGUUGAAGGCACUUGCUCACCAGCCCAUAAGUGUGGGUAUCUCGGCUUCUGGACGUGAUUUCCAGUUUUACAGAGGAGGUGUUUUUGACGGGUUUUGUGGAUUUCGGGUGGACCAUGGAGUGACUGCAGUUGGGUAUGGAACAACAAAGGAUUUGGACUACAUCAUUGUUAAGAACUCAUGGGGACCCAAGUGGGGAGAAAAAGGCUACAUUCGAAUGAGGAGAAAUAUUGGCAUGAGCGAAGGCAUUUGUGGAAUAUACAGCUUAGGAUCUUUUCCUGCAAAAAAUAAGUAACCACACCCUCAAGUGCUAAUACUUACCUUCUCUUACCACUGCUGCUUCUCCUGCUAUCUGCCCUGCUUGUUCUUCACAAUAUGGCAAUUCGGCUAUUUUCUCUACUUUUGCUUUCACUUUUGUACCAUAAAGUGUGUAAUCAGAGUUGAAAUUUGAUCUUGAAUUACAACUGCCAAGUAAUUGCGAGA